CGCGUUGUGAUGUUGUGACUCGUGAGGAGCAGGGUUUGUCCUCAGGCUCCAUUAUGGUUUGGUCCUCCUGAGUCUUAUGCAUGCACAUAAUACACAGCUCUGCAUGAUGCAUCUUUCCGCUUUCAAGUUUGAAGUGGUCCACACUUUCUCGCUACACAAUUCCGGCUCGAUUCCAGCUUUUCGUGCUUUCUGAUGAGCAGGACUUACCUGAACACCUGAAAUGCUUUUAGUUUGACGCCUUCUACAGUAGUGUUGCUUUGUCCGUGUGGCGAUGGAGACGACCUUUGAGGCCGAGACAAAUGCUGGCGGGUUGCGGAAGAGCCUCCUUGCUGCAGCAGGGCUUCCAAAAGUGUGGGGUUUCACUUUAAGGGACAUGCGCAGGAGCCUGAACGCUUUCUGGCCAACCGAACUCUCAGCCACAGCCAUUGGUCUUUUCGCGAUGUUUCUCAGCUUGACGAUUGGGCUGCUUUCGGUGCUCUAUCUAUUUUGGGGUGCCGGGAGUAGCAGCAUUUCAGGGGAGCGGAAAGAGGUGUUCCCCGGGCCCAAACGGUACCCCCUGGUUGGCAGCCUGUUUGAGCUUUUGAAAAACAUGCACAGGACCUACGAUUGGCUGGUAGAGACAAUGGCCAAAGCAGACUCUUCAUGGUGUUUCCUUACUAUCCCGGGUGCCAAAUUAGUCGUGGUGACAGACCCUCGAGAUGUGGAACACAUGCUCAAGAGCAGGUUCGAGAACUAUCCCAAGGGCCCAGAGUUCCACGGGCUCCUCUACGAGCUGCUCGGAAAUGGCAUUUUUAAUGCGGACGGUGAAGUGUGGCGGGUACAGCGCAAGGCGGCGAGCCACGAAUUCUCCACAAAGUCCCUUAAAGAGCUCAUGCUCACUAUCUUCAAUAAUAAGGUCAAUGGGGCACUGGUGGCUUUGAUGGGGAGGUUUGCAGAGGAAGGGACGCCGUUCGACCUGCAGGAUGUUUUUCAGCGGUGCACCUUUGACACCAUCUGUUCCAUUGGGUUUGGAGUCGACCCUGGCUGCCUCGCUCCCGAACUACCGGUCGUUCCUUUCGCCAAUGCAUUUGACAUCGCCCAGGAGGUGCACUCCCGGCGCUUUCUUCAGCCCCCAGUAGCAUACAAAUUGAAGAGAUUCCUGGGCCUGGGGUCGGAGAGAAAACUUGCAGAAGCGGUGAAGGAAGUCGACAGCUUUGCAUACGACGUCAUCAGGCGGCGGAGGCAGGAGAUGGCCGGCCCUUGUCCCCAACAGCACGAGGAUCUCCUCUCCCGCUUCAUCGCUGUAGCCGACCGGGAGACGAAGUCCCCAAGCGCUCCGGAGCCCGAAAACGAGGGAGUCCCAAGCACCGCCGACCGCUUCCUCCGGGACAUCAUUCUCAACUUUGUUCUGGCUGGAAGAGACACGACCUCCGUCACGCUGACGUGGUUCUUUUGGGCGCUGACUCAGCACCGAGACGUGGAGGAAAAGAUUUUGGGGGAGGUGGACAGAGUCGACGCAGCAAAAGGGGGUUCAGGUGCCUUUGGUUUCGAGGACCUUCGCUCCAUGAAUUACCUCCAGGCCGUGCUGUCCGAAACCCUGCGCCUCUACCCCGCGGUACCGUCUGAUGUCAAGUCCGCACUUUCGGACGACAUCCUCCCGAGCGGUGCAAUAGUUCGAGCGGGCUGGCGGAUCGCUUAUUUCCCAUACGCACAGGGACGCAGUGCUGUGGUCUGGGGCCCCGACGCGCUGGAAUUCAAACCUGAGAGGUGGCUGGACUCGGCUGGCAACUUUGUGCAACCCUCGCCCUACAAGUUCUCGUCGUUCCAGGCCGGCCCUCGCAUUUGCCUGGGCAAGGACAUGGCAUACCUCCAGAUGAAAGUGGUUGCGGCUUCUCUUCUGCGGCGCUUCAAGUUCACCGUGGUUCCAGGUCACGUUGUGACGUACAGACAAUCCCUUGUUCUCACCAUGAGGUACGGACUGCAAGUGACAGUUGAACAGCGGAGAUAAUUGAGCACUAGGGGGUAGUUUUUUAAGGAACGACUUUCAGGUGUGGCCUUGGGAACGAGAUCAGUAGAUUCACUUGGAACCGAAAACUAAUUCGUUGCAAAUAGGCGCAGGCUGCCGCGUAGUGAUAAAUAGAUCAUAGGCAGUGAUUGAGCAAGAAGGACACGAAAGGCUUUCAAAGUGUAUCUGCAGAUCGAUUGCGAAACGAGUCCCCUAAGAUCAAUUGCAGAUUGUCUUGGGUAUCACUUCGAAGUUUCUUUUAUGAGUAAUUGCGUCUUUUUCCGAGGGAGG